AUGGGAAGUCCAUCGGAUGACUUUGAUUUCACGGCUCUGCGUUCUGAAGCGGGGCCGAUCAGGGUCAGCCAGAGACAGCCUGCAAGCUGUACGGAGUGCACACGACGGAAGACGCGAUGCGAUAAAAAGGAGCCGUGUACCAAUUGUCGUACCCGUGGUGUACCCGAAAAAUGUCGAAUCGAGCGAGUCAUACCUACCAAGCAACUAAACGCGGCUGCAAAUUUGAAACUCUUGAAGAAUGAUGUUCAAGCCUUCAGAACCAAUGUUGAGAAGCGAGUGACCGACUUGGAGACGCUGGUCAAGGGUCUCAUCGCUGCUCAAAGCCCUGAUAAGCUGGUCCACGAAGUGCAAGGAUGUUCCACGGGAUCCCCCAUUCCGUCUAUGUCUACAGAUCAGUUUAGCGAUGACGGAUCACCUCAAGGAGAUAAUGAUGGAGCCGAUGCAGCGGCUACCCUUGAAUUCCUCGCUAUCGGUAGGGUGCGCGCCGCCUCCCCGGAGGGCUUACAGGAGGAUAUUCGCUGGGCUUCAGGGAUGGCCGAAGAACAGGCCCCUCAAGAGACCCAUUUUGAUUCUUCGCCAUCCAGUAUGACCUUUCCUUUGGCUGACCCAGCACCGUCCACUGGUAUUCUCUCUUCUUCGGCCAAUUUUGGUUUAUCGCGAUCUCCGCGACCGCUUCGUCAACGUCUAUCAGCAGCUCGUCAGAAGGUCAGAGACGAAAUAAUAUCUACCUUGCCAACCCCUGAGCUUGGAAAAAUGCUUGUGCAGUUCGACAUCGAGCAUGUAGCGUGGACACACUGUUGCUAUCAUGGUCCGACCUUUCAGAGCGAAAGUGAACUGUUCUGGUCUGAACUGGGCGUUCCAGGCGUGGAGAUCAAUUGGUCCUUUUUGGCUCUUCUGCUCGGAGUUAUCAUGUCAGCCGCGUAUCACUUACCGCCCGGGAUAUUCCGUACCCUCUUUCCGGGCCAAACACCUAUAGAACUCAUGAACAACUGGUUUGACGCUUCUCUUCUAUGUCUUCAAGAAGCCGAUUGGAUGCGAUCACACAGCCUCAAAUCACAUCGGCAAAGCGGAUCUCUAUUUCACGCUCUUGGGAGCAGCAGUGAGAGUGGCGCAAGGCCUCAAUCUACACCGGCUUGGACCCGACUCGCCUCUACAUUACCAGUCGGAGGAUGCGAGAAUUGUCAUUGCAAGAGAAACGCCUUUCAUGCGGCUUUCAAUGGUUCUUGCUCAAUAAAUCAAGCUCAAUUCAAUACUCCACCUCCUUUACACUGCAUAGAUAGUCGGCUGGGACUGGGUACUCAACAGGCUGUUGUUCCAUUGGACGUCCCAACUACAGACUCGCACGUCAGCCAGUUAUACAAGGUCGCUUUGCAAGUCAACAAAGCUUAUUCAGAAACCGAUCAUCUCUCGCCAAUUCAGUAUGAUACUCUACUGGAAAUUGACCACGAUAUGCAGAAUAUUCGAGCAGAGGCACCUGCUUGGAUGCGGGAUGAGAAUUAUCCUCUGUCACCUGAUAUGCCAGCUUGGGUAGAUUGGCAGCGCAAAGCAUAUAUGCUAUCGGCAGCCCAUAAAGUCAUUGUGCUUCACCGACCCUAUCUUGGCCGAGCCAUUCGCGGUGAUCUUCGCUAUGCUCGUUCUCGAGAGACAUGUUUAGAACAUGCAAAAUUGAUAUUAGGCAUCUUCAAACGUUGCUCCACGCCGCAAUUCCGAGCGACAUGGACUGUCUUGGUACAUGCAGUCGCCGCCAGCCUCGUCAUAAUUCUUGAUGCUGCUCAACAGACGGAACCGGUGGUAUCAGUAGGUAUUGAAAUGGUCCAAGAAACCCUACAAAUACUGCUAGGAUUGAAGGAUGUUUCCAUGAUUGCUCAAAAAGGAGCUCUAGUGCUAGCGGCACUCGUAGACAGGUCCACACAGCUCGCUUCUACUCAAACUGGGUUGACGGGAAAUAAGAAUCGAAAGGACAGGACAGGGUUUACAGGCCGAGCUGAAACCGAACUCAACAGGGCUCUGGCUAUCUUCCAUCGCACGCAUCUGCCUAAAUCUCCCACUCCGAUCAUUAUGCAUCGACUUCCGCAAACUUGUUCGCUCUCCUCAGACACGAAUUGGUUAGGAGAUUUUGGGGCUUUCCCUCCGAGUUCUGGGAUUCGGGGACAGAUACUGUCACAAGAUGAUACGUUUGAAGCUAUGAGUCAAUCGACUGGACCAUUUGAUCCAUUUUUCGGAUUCUCGCGGCCUGAAUGGGAAACCUUGGCUUCAACAGCUUUGGAAUUGGAUGACUUAGUAGUUCGUUAG